AUGCUGCUAUUGGUGGCGCUGGGAACAAUAUUUUCUCAAGCUGUGGUCCCCACUGAGGAGGCUGCGGACACACACCACGAACCACCAGCACCGCUCCUCAACUACAGCAGGAUCUCCCUGCCGCCAGAGCACAUACCUUACUUCCUCUACAACAACAAGAGGGUCGCCAAGCAGUGUCGUCUGGACCCACUCUGCCCUUUUAAAGAUGCACCUCUGGAUUUGUCGGCCUGUUGGGGCUAUGAGAAGAACUGUGAUCCAGGGAAGCGCUUCGGUUAUCCAGUCUGUACCAUAGCUGACUCUGGAUGGGCUCGUUCACUGGAGGCAGCCCAGGAGCUUUUCUGGAAGCAGGCUGAUUUUGGCUAUGUCAAAGAACGUCUCUCUGAGCUCAAAAGACUCUGCAAGGCCAGCAAGCCGGGUGACUCAUCACUAAGAUGCAGCAGCCACACUAGAUUCUGUAAGGCAACUAACCUUUAUCUGGACUUACGGAGGCCACGCAGAAGUCAUGAGAGGUACAAGGAGGACUUCAUCCAGAUGGGGGAGAUUGGUGGUCGCUGCAGACUGAACAAGCAAGCACUCGCUGCUGAGGGAAAGCACCAGAGCCCCUUGCAGUCCUGGUAUGCUGAGCUUCAGACAUACACAGAGCUGGACUUUCAUCCCAUAGAGGAUGGACACUGUGAAAUCAUCAUCGAGAAACCCACUGUCUUUAUGAAGCUGGAUGCUGGGGUGAACAUGUACCACCACUUCUGUGACUUUGUCAACCUCUACAUCUCCCAGCACAUCAACAACUCCUUCAGCACAGAUAUCAACAUCGUCAUGUGGGACACGAGUUUUUAUGGUUAUGGAGAUUUGUUCAGGGAAACGUGGAAGGCCUUCUCAGACUAUGACAUCAUCCACCUGAAGACCUAUGACUCGAAAAGAGUGUGUUUCAAAGAAGCCUUCUUCUCGCUACUUCCCAGAAUGAGAUAUGGUCUCUUUUACAACACACCUCUCAUCUCAGACUGCUACAGUGAAGGGAUGUUCAGGGCUUUCUCCCAGCACGUCCUCCACCGGCUGAACAUCCUGCAAGUCGGACCAAAGGAGGGGCGUGUUCGUGUCACCCUGCUGGCACGCAGCACGGAAUACAGAAGGAUAUUAAACCAAGUGGAGCUGGUAAAUGCCCUCAAGACCGUGCCUUUACUGCAGGUCAAUGUGGUGGACUACAAAUACAAGGAUGUUCCCUUCCUGGAGCAGCUGAGGAUCACCCACAACUCUGACAUCUUUAUAGGGAUGCACGGGGCAGGUCUCACACACCUCCUCUUCCUCCCUGACUGGGCUGUCAUCUUUGAGCUAUAUAAUUGUCAGGACGAGAGCUGCUAUCGAGAUUUGGCUCGGCUGCGGGGCAUUCGAUACGUGACUUGGCAGAAAAUGGACAAAGUGGUCCCACAGGACAAGGGUCACCAUCCCACCCUCGGGGACCAUCCAAAGUUUACCAACUACUCUUUUGAUGUGGGGGAAUUCAUGCGGCUCGUGCUUGAGGAAGCCGAUCUCAUCACACAGCAUCCCAAAUGGCCACGCAGAGCCCUUCAUGAUGAACUGUAGACACACAGAGAGGAUACAAACAUCUGACUGCUGAAGAACUUCCAACAUGAUCCGGCCUUUUGUUGUGAUCAAAAGACAUCUGGACUCUGGCAGUGUACGUUUAGCAUUAUUAUUUCAAAGUUACCUCAUUCACCAGUGGUCUGACAGAACGUUUUGUCACCUCCUGUCCACUGCUUUGAUAAGUAUGGAUGAGUGAAAGCGGUAUGGCCAACAACUCGGUUUUGAAUAGCUGUCAUCAGCUCUAUGAGUGUCAAAUCAGUGAAAGGACGAGGCGUGUGCAGUCUGAGCGAUGAGAUGUGUCCUAUGUUUCUUCAUUACCUCCACUGCGUCGACUUCAUUCCACGCCGACAAAGUUAGCUAAUGAGCAGCUGUUGCCGCGUCCUGUCACAUGCGACAUCUUGUCACAUUUGAUCAGUGUCACCUUGAAGCAAGCCUCCUCCGAGUUGUUGACAAUCACAGCAGAGCUUCUGAGCACAUGCAGCGGCAGCACCACUCUAACGUAAUGUGUCGCGUUCACAUGCUGGAUUUUUCACGUAUAGCGUAGCAGCAAACUUUUUUACUUUGCGGUUGUGAAAUCAUGUUGUGAUGUUCACCAAAAACUCACAUAAUAAGAGACAGAGGGUAAGUGAGAGACUCCAACUGUUAAGAGGCUUCUUUUGUAUCUGUGAAAUAUCGAUAUCAGUAUUCGUGUUAUAUGUACAUGCAAGUGCAGUAAUACUUUCA